AGCGAUUUUCAGAUCGCACAUAGCAUUUUCUUUCUUGCAUUUGUUACGGCCUAGAACAUUGCGAGACAGGGUUUAAUGAGUUGCUCGGAGAAAAGAAAGUAGGAAAAAGAAACAAGCUAUUCAACUAGAAUAUUGCAAGACGAACUGGUCCCUAACGAAGACCUCAUGGCUGUCGGUGUCACGAGACUGCCGCCGACCAUAUCGUCGUGCCUCGUGCUACUCCUGCUCGGAGCAGCCCUCGGGCGAGAGGGUCGAGGUCGGGACCGAUAUCCCCACGAACUGAGAAGGCCGCGAGAAGGGCCCCCACCGAGAGAAUACGGGCACGGGACGAUUCAAACUCCCUACGAAUGCCCGUGGUUCACUAAAGCGUUGAGCAACUGCUCGAAUGAACGACUGGAAAAGCGGCGGUUUGAACCCAUCAUGGAGAAAAUUGACAAUGCCAGUUACUCCAGGGCGCUCCUUCUCUGCAUGACCCGAAGAUCUGUUGAAGCACCGGAUAAAAUCUUCUGCACAGACAGACAGUCCGUGUCGAUCUUGACGUCUUGUGUAAAAGACAGCCUCGCCAAGCACAGCAGGGUUUCGCAAGAAGAAGCCAGAGGACUUCUUGAUGAAAUAGGGAAAUGCUUGCAGGAGAUUCAUCAUGACAAAAUGAAUACGCGAGGACGCAAGAGAAGGGCGCACCAUCGCUACGCCCCGCGACCUCACCAACCGCAUUCAUUUGUUCUGGAGAGCGAAAGAUAAAGAAACGCCGCAUAACGAAAAUACACGUCAAAAUAAACGACAUUCAUGAACAGGGUC